GCACACCCGCUCUGUGCACGGUGCUUGUUUCAGGCUUUCAGCACAAAAGAAAGAGCUUGUUCUUCUUCUGUGGAGUUCGGCAGUGGGGCGGAGAGACGUACUCACAAGUCAUAGACACUUUCGCAACCUCAAAUCGACCAAAUGGUACAGUUGCCGAUCCUUCAGUAUGAAGAAAAAAUCAUGGAGACAAUUGAGAAAAAUCCAGUCAUGGUGCUUAUUGGGGAGACGGGAUCGGGGAAGAGUACCCAGCUCUCGCAGAUGCUUUACCGAAGGGGAUACACCAAAACCGGCAUGGUCGCCGUCACCCAACCUCGACGGGUUGCCGCUGUUACAGUCUCCAGACGGGUUGCAGAGGAGCUCAAUGUUGAGCUUGGGGAGGAAGUUGGCUAUGCUAUCCGAUUUGAAGAUAGGACCUCUGAGAAGACUUUUAUCAAAUAUCUUACAGAUGGUGUCCUUUUACGUGAAAGCUUAACAAAUCCUGAGCUAAAUCAAUAUUCAGUCAUUAUUCUGGAUGAAGCUCAUGAAAGAAGUUUGAAUACCUCUAACUUGAGAGUGUUGGUCACAUCAGCUACUUUGGAUGGUGAGAAAGUAUCCAAAUUUUUUGAUGACUGUCCAGUGCUUAAUGUUCCUGGACAACUAUUUCCAGUUCAAAUAGUACACAGUUCAGAGAAACCCAAGAACUAUGUGGAGGCUUGUCUUAAAACUGCCAUUGAUAUACAUUUAAAAGAACCAGAAGGUGAUGUCUUAAUAUUUAUGACUGGACAGGAUGACAUAAGCAAGUUGGUGUCUAAGUUGGAGGAUAAAAUUCGAAGCCUUGAAGAAGGUUCUUGUAUGGAUGCUAUAGUGCUUCCCCUACAUGGAUCCUUGACACCUGAAUUGCAGGUUCGAGUUUUCAACCGUCCACCUCCGAACUGCAGGCGGUUUAUUGUUGCUACAAAUAUUGCUGAAACUUCUUUGACCGUUGAUGGUGUUGUCUACGUUAUUGACUCUGGGUAUGUGAAGCAACGACAGUACAACCCAUCAAGUGGCAUGUAUUCUCUAGAUGUUGUUCAAAUUAGCAAAGUGCAAGCCAAUCAACGUGCAGGUCGAGCUGGCAGAACACGACCUGGAAGGUGCUACCGUCUAUAUUCUUCUAUUAUUUACCAGGAUGAUUUUUUGGAUGCUACAGUACCUGAAAUACAGAGGUCUUCUCUUGCGGGAGCUGUUCUGUAUUUGAAAUCUUUAGAUCUUCCUGAUUUGGACAUUCUAAAUUUUGAUUUCCUUGACCCUCCAUCAGUUGAGUCUUUAGAAGAUGCCUUGAGGCAACUAUAUCUGAUUGAUGCUAUUGAUGAGAAUGGUGCAAUUACCUGUCUUGGAAGAACCAUGGCUGAGCUUCCACUAGAACCUUCUCUGUCGAGGACCUUAAUAGAGGCCAAUGAUUUGGGUUGCUUAUCUCAAGCUUUGACAGUUGCUGCUAUGCUAUCUGCUGAAACAACUUUGCUCCAUGGGUCUAGGAAUGCUAUUGAAAAGAAGAGGAAACAAACUCCGUCAAACCUUCCUGAUGGAUGUGGGUGGGGUGAUCAUUUCCAGCUACUUCAGAUUUAUGAGCUAUGGGAUCAAAAUGAUUACAGCACAGAAUGGUGUAAUGAAAAUAACUUGCAGGUAAGGGGAAUGAUGUUUGUAAAAAAUGUAAGGAAACAGCUCACUCAAAUAAUGCAGAAAAUAACCAAAGAGUCUUUGGUUGGCCAAACAAGUAGAAGGCAUAAAGAAAGUCAACGAGACUACAAAAAUUUGCGGAAAGCUUUGUGUGCAGGCUAUGCUAAUCAGCUUGCAGAGCGGAUGAUUCAUCAUAACGGCUAUCGAACUAUUGGAUUCAAGCCCCAGCUGGUUCAGGUCCAUCCAUCUUCAGUCAUGAAGGGAGAUGAUGAUGGGAUGCUCCCAAAUUAUGUGGUGUAUCACGAGUUAAUAUCUACAACGCGUCCCUACAUGCGCAAUGUGUGUGCAGUUGAGAUGCCAUGGGUCGUUCCCGUCUUGGAAAGACUUGAGAAACUAAAUGUCAAAAAACUGAGUGGUGGCAUCCUCCAUCAGCAGGAAGAGAGAAUCGAAGAAAUAAACUCGAAUUUAGAGAAGAAAGAUGCAGCGGCCCAUGAGGUUUCCCCAGAAGAACUUGGCAGCAGGAUUGAAGCUGCUAGGGCACGCUUUCUGGCUCGCAAGGCUCAGAAGUAAGCUGGAUUUGUGUGAAAAUUACACUCCGUACAUACAUACGUAUAUACGGAUUAUUAGCCAAAUUCCAUGCUGAAGCAAGGCAUGAUUGUGUUUCUUCAAAAGAUUGUCUGGGCAAGCAUUGCAUUAUUAAAGGAGGAGGUGGGAACCCAAAUGAGCCAUUUUGCUCAAAUUCAGUUAGUUUGAGAGAGUUGGUCUUGUUCAAAAAGUUGGAGGAUCGUUGAGAAUACACAGUACAGACCGGAGAACACUGUUUGUGAUGCUCGAGUUAUUUUAACCCAUAUCUUUUGCUCCAUUUUCUUAUUUGGCAAAAAAUUACACCAAAGUGA